AUGGAGAAUUUAUGGCAUCUUCGUCGCGUGGCGGAUAACGCUGCAAAGGCCUGUUGGAUAUGCUACAAGCCAUCCACCAGUGUACUUGUUACCCCUAAUAACAAGGAUUUCUUUUACAUCUGUCCUGGGCACUUAUCUGACAAAGGCUUUUGUCAACCAGAAGCUGAUGAAGCAAAGAGGAUCGCAGACCAGAAGAAGCAAGAUGAGCUGGAUCGCGAGAUUGAGGCUGUAAAAAAAGAAUAUGAGGAGAAGCAGAAGCUCAAGCGUGAGAAGCGAAAAGGAAAAGAUAAGGACAAGGAUAAAGAGAAGGAGAAGGAGACCAAGGGCAAAGAAGAAGAAGAGGACAAACAGGACGAGAAGGCCAAAGAUGACAAAGCAUAUCAAAGAGCUCUCGAAGACCAAAGAUCAAAAUCAGGCUGA